AUGAGUUUGCAAUGUGAGGGCGAAGGGGCUCUUUGUUCUGUUUGUGGUCUUUUUGAUUUUUUGCCCUUGAAUUGUAAUAGGUGUCAUGGUGUUUUCUGUAGUGAACAUAUUAAUUUCCAUAAUGUUCCCGCAACAGAGAAACCUUGUGUUCUUGAAGAUGUAAAAGGUAAGGCGGUGGAUGAGACAAUAAGGACAGAAGACAAGUUAAAAUACACUUGUAUAAUAUGUGGAAGUAGGUGGUGCGUGCUUACUCCGUGUGAAGUAUGCCAUCAAAAUUUCUGUGCUGAACAUCGUUUUCAUGAUCACGAAAGUAAUGAAAAGACAAGUUUGCAAGACUUUGGACCUAAAAAGUCUCUCUUACAUAAUAAUAAUAAUAAUAAUAAUAAUAAUAAUAAUAAUAAUAAUAAUAAUAAUAAUAAUAAUAAUAAUAAUAAUAAUAAUAAUAAUAAUAAUAAUAAUAAUAAUAAUAAUAAUAAUAAUAAUAAUAAUAAUAAUAAUAAUAAUAAUAAUGUGACGGAUGAAUUUGAGCUUCUAUGUUCUCAAUAUCAACCAAAUCAUCCAUUACGUUUGGCACCAUCAACGUAUCGUGGUACUAUGAUACCUGUUACUCUAUUGGUAUGCAAGGAAGAGUUAGAGCUUAAUAAAUAUCAAGAUUAUUAUUCUCUAGGAGUUGUUUCUCUUGAAGUAGCGGUUGAAAUGUCUGUUGGUCAAUUAAUAGACCGCUUAAAAGAUUCACAUCCUCUAUUUAUGUCUAAUUUACUUACUCAGACAUUAUACCAUGUUGAGGGUACAAAACAGAUUGUGUUACGACCUAUUCCUGUAUCAUUAACGGUAAAAGAAGCUUCCCUUGCUAAUCAUAUCGUUGUCCUUCCUUUGAAAUCUAGACGUAUUACAGAAGAAAGAAAAACAAACUUAGAUGAUCUCUCUUGUAAUAAUUCUUCUGAUUUAUUGGUAAAUUUAGAAAUGACACUGACGAAACGACUUUUCUCAAAUCCUCGAGAAUUGCAAAGUAAUUCUCGUUUGCAUGCGGUUGCAGUGCGCAUUCGAAUUAAAUCUAGUCAAUCAAAGGAAGAAAAAGAACAAGAUGUUUCUCCACCAAUUUCUUCUUCUUCUGGUUGUAUAAUUACCUCUGAAUGUAUGGAGACUACCAAUGCUGUCCCCAUUGAUAAGGAGAAGAAUCAUGACAAUGAGCAAAAACAACAACAACAACAAGAGGGACGAAAAGAAGAAGAAGAGGGAAAGACUUCCGUACUUCUUGAUUCUUGGCCUUUUCGGCGACCUCCUCCUCUUGAUGAGUUUAUUUUUUCCCACACUAGAAGUAACCCUCGUGGUAUGGAUUCUCAAUUUGGGGGCGCUGCUGUUUCUGUUGUCGCAGUGUUCGUUGCUGAUCAUUUACUUACUUCUACUGUUCCUCCUUUUUGUAUUGCCUUAUCCCAGCAAUGGUCAGUGGGUCGUGUUGUUGAUAAAAUUGUUUCCAUAGUUAAUAACUUAGCUGCCUCUUCAAGAAAAGUUAAUUGGCAGCUUUUUGAUAUGAAAAAUCAAGGAAAUCUUUUGACUGUUGACCUGAGUCGAGCAAACAAUCUGCGAGACGGUGAUAUUCUUUUUCUUGGUGAAGAGUACCCUAAUACGCUUCGUAUAGAGGUUGAAAGACUCCAACAACUGAAAGGCAAACAACGUGCGAUGCUAAUGGGAAAAAUGUCAAAAACUUGCACCAUUAUGUAA